AUGUCUUUCCGCACGCUUCCAACGAAAGGCCAGUUCCUCAGCCAGCUCAUCAAGCCCGCCAAAUGUACGCUUUGCGACGUGGCGUUUAACGCCAGCAACCACAAGCCAGUCACGGUGCCAUGCAUGCAUCAACAUCAGUUUGGCCACCAGUGCUUAAGGAAGUGGCUUGAUAGGAAUCUUGAUUGCCCCACUUGCCGUAUGCCCUUAUAUAAUAAUAGCCAACCUAGCGAUCUUGAAACCUUUUCGGAAGGAAGCAUCAUGCCGACGACGUCAGCGGAAGGGCGAAACACUAGAACAUCUGCGGCCAACGCCUCCGCGACCUUGCCGGUCGCGGUCUCGAACAACAUCAACCCUUGGCUUUGGGAAUUGUCAGUAGGACAAGAUGAGCACUGGGUUUCUAUGUUCAUCCAGAGCCUCUGGAACGGCGUCCGCGACAGGCUCCUCCACCCGCUCCACCACCCCGAAAACGACACACAACAAACCUUCGACGAUAUCAUCGGCAAUACACAGGCCCAAGCAGGAUUCUUGGUCCGCGUGUUCGGCGAGCUUGUCGAAAUGAAGCUCUGCAAGACAAGCGACGAGUUCUACCGCAACGUUACGUUUCAUCUCCGGGAAUGUGGUUUCUCACCCGAAAGCCGAGCGCUGUGCAUCCCAUUGUUUGCUCUAACUAAGCUGUUGGUCUACAUGUGCAGCACAAUGGGUUACAUCCACGCCAUGCCCAGCGCCUUCAGCUCACACCUUCUCCUCGAAUUCAACACCAUCACGCACUUCUCUGGCGAGCUGAGUUGGGAAGCAUGGGAGCGUGUAUCGCGCUCGAAGAACCAUCGCGAUAAGAAGAUCCUCCGCUGGUACAGCUUCGUGCUUGCCUAUCACGUCUCGUACAAUGAGAAGAUGGAGGCUUUUUCGAAGGAGCCAGAGGAGACAGUGAAGCAUAUGGGAAGGUACUGGAAGGGUGAGCCGAGCAAAAAGUUCGCUAUGGUGGUCGCUGGUGUGGCGGUGACUUGUUGUAAUUGGGAUACCGAAACCGGGGGACAGAUCAGGCAUUUGAAGUUGCCGGUUGGGGAGGUUAAGUAUCGGUGGGGUAGGGCGUGGGCUUGGGCUAAUGCUGAAUACUAG